AUGCAGCCUGUGGGUGAACCACGUAGUGCCCAGGAGAGACCAACCCAACAGGUUGGGAAGCCAAGCACGGCACCGGGAAGAGUCCCACACAGCACCUGUGAGAACACCCAGCUGUGCCUGAAGAAGCCCCAGACAACACCCUGUGGAGCUCAGAGAAGCACCUGCCAGAGCCUCACCCAACACCAUGGGGAAUCUGCUGGGGCACUUGAGACAGCCCCAAGCAUUGCCUGGAAGACCCCCAAGCAGAGCCUGCAGGAGUCCCACACCACAUUGUGGGAAACCACCAUCAGUGCCAGCCAGAGCUCUGCCCAGCACUUUCGAGAGCUUGGUAAAGGGACUGGGGGAGCCCCAAGCAUUGCCUGGGACAUCUCCAAGCAGUGCCUGCAGGGGUCCCACACCACAUCCUGGGAAACCACCAUCAUUGGCAGCCAGAGCUCCACCCAACACCUUGGGGAGCCUGGAGCUCCUGAGAAAGCCCCAAGCACUGCCUGGGAGCGCUCUGGGCUUCAGUCACUGCUUUCAUUUAUGUGUCCUAAGAAGCUGGGGAUGGACUGCUGUGGCAGGAGCCAGAGAAGGGUCCUCCCAGAACCCGCAAGCAGGGCACAGCAGACAUUGCCGCCUCGCCUGUCAAGAAUGAAUGGCUGGUCGAAGCCCCUCCACGGAUACCAGGCAGUAUCCUGGGCCAUGUUUGUGACCUUGGCCUUAGCCAUGUUUGGCAUUUUUAUUCCCAUGCUGCCUGGCAUGUGGAAGUACAUUGCCUAUGGAGUGAGUGGCGGGAUGAUGUUGUUCCAUGUUAUAGUGUACCUCGUGUGUGUCUCCAUCGACCCGGGCGAGGAUAAUGUGAGAAGGAAGAAGAUUUACAGUGAACCAGUGCCCACGUUCGACAGAUCCAAACACCUCCAUGUUAUAGAAGAUCUGUAUUGCUGCCUAUGUGGGGUCACCGUGAGCGAGAAAGCCAAACAUUGCCGGGCCUGCAACAAAUGCAUCGCUGGCUUUGACCAUCACUGCAAAUGGCUCAACAACUGUAUUGGGAGCAGGAAUUACUGGUGGUUCUUCAGCUCCUUAGCAUCCGCAUUGGCCUGGCUGCUCUGUGUUGUUUCCAUCUUGUUAUAUAUUGUUAUCCAGCAUCAUGUCAACCCACGUGUGCUCCGCACGGAUCCCCACUACCAAAACAUCAACAGUCAGAACACAUGGCUUCUUUUCCUACCAUAUUUCCACCUAAAGGCAAAGACCCCAGUGUUUGUGACAAUCGCAGUGUUGGUGCUGGUGUUGAACCUCAUCAGCCUCCUGAUGAUCGGGCAACUGUUCAUCUUCCAUCUUUACCUAAGUGGCCGCUCCACUGGCCAGAAACAAGCUUCAUGCCCAAAAGGCAAACCCUGA